AUUUAUCCUACGAUAUACAUUCUCUCGCUUUCAAAUGCUCGAGGAAAAGUGUUAACAGCUGUUUAAUUAAAAUCUAAUUUGUUUAAUUUCGUUCUUACAGAGGAAUAUACUUUUACUUGUUAGGAAUGUCCAGUUUUUUUUACUAUUCUUUUUGGACGGUCUGUAUUCUACAACAAUAACUAGCAGUACGGCCUUGGUUGAAUGAUGGAAUUUGCCCUAGAAUAAAAACAAAAGAAAACGUAAAUUACCAUUUGUUAUCAGCCCACUUUUGGGCCAUUGUUAUUUAUUGCAAACUGUGAUAAUAAUUUCCGCAGUUUUUUGAUCGCGCAUGCUGGUAAUGGGUUCGUUAUUGGAAGCAAAACAAUCUUUUUUAAAAAAUAAUCAUUGAAUAUUAUUAUUUACCAAUCAAGUUAGACCUGGGAUUACUUUGAAUGAUAAUUAUCGUCGUAAUUAAUUAUUUGUCAUAAAUUAAUCAGACAUACACGUGGUCAAGUAAAUUCUAAUUUUAAAUUCUGACGAUUUACGUAUAACGGUAAUUAAUAUUGAUUUGAUGAUGAUGAUGAUGAUGAUAAAGUUCAUAAGGUGAUGUUUAUAAUAAAUUGUUAGUUUACCUUUUGUUACUGUUGUUUGUAGUGUAAUGUCUACAUUUUUUAAAUGCCUGUAGUUUUUAGAAAUUCACGAUGAAUCUCAUUAGUAAAGAAGAAUUCUAUAAAAGUGUUACUUAUUUAACAUGUUAUGAGCUGCUUCAUCCCUGGAGCAAAAGUUGUGUUAAGGCAUGUCUGUUUAUGUCACUUAAUACAGUUAAGGGUGGCACCAAGUUUUUCAUCCCUAUCUACCUUUGUAAAAUAAUAAUUAACAAAAACAAACUUAGUAAAAGAUAUUUACUGUUACAAUUUCGAUGUUACAUUCGUUCAGUAAUUUACGCUACAUUGUAUGCGACCUUUUUUAUGACCUCUAUGUGUACUUGCAGGCAUUUAUGUGGUCAGUUCUUCUAUUAUAACGUUGCGUUCUUAGGGGGAUUUUUUGGCGGCGCUUCUAUAUUUAUAGAAUCGGAAUUUAACAAAACUUUAACGACUGUUCUCUGGGUAAAUUUGUGUAUAGAAACAAUGAUUAGGUACUUGGAAGCUUAUGGAAUUUUGAAGCCAAACAAACUUUUCUUUGGGGUUUCGUUUAUGGUGUCCUGCUCCUUGAUGACACAUCUUAUGAUGGAACAUGAUCCAAGUAAAAAGUUUCUUAAGUUGUGGUUUUUUACACCUAAUACUACAGAUUUGAAACAAAUGGAAAAAGUUAAGCAGUGUUUUCAUAAAGAUUCUUGCACAAAUUACAUAUUUCAGGGUGCUUACAAGUAUUUUUUAAUCGGAUAUUUAGUACAAACCCUGAAGACAGUAUUGCCAAGAGCUGGGAUAAUAUUGAAGCAGCCCCUGUUGUUACUUCAACUGCUUUUUCGGAAAAAUAAUUUUAUGAUGGCUUCAUUUUUCGGUUCCUUUAUUGCGAUUUUUCGGGCAAUCAAUUGUUAUUACAGUGGCAAGAAGAAGCCGGAGGUUAUGGGAUUUUUAGCAAGCACUUCGUACAUUUUAAAGCACGAUGUGACGAUUGCUAUUACCUCCUUUACCACUACAUUACAGUAUUUGUUGCACCCUCUACGACAAACUCUUGAAGAAAAGUACAAAAUUCCAUAUCGAGAGCUUUUGUUCAUGCUUUGUAACGGUUAUUUGAUGCACGCUAGAUUUUUACACCCCGACCAAUGCCCCCAGUAUGUGAUAAACAUGUUGAAAACGACCACAAAUGGAGCAGCUGAAAAUGUAUUUCGAAAUACUUUAAAAUGGAGUACAAAUAAGGAGUACGUGAAGAACUAUUUUUUCAAGAUCAAGGAGAAUGCACUAGAAAAGUUCUACAGGAAACUGAAUUUCUAG